GCAGUUCUACCUGGAAAUGUUAACCGCAAUACACAGAAAAGGUUAACAUCAAAACAGGGAAAAAAAGAUAGAAAUUAACCUCAUUUAACUUAAGUCCAUGAGGCAACAAGGGACAUUAAACGCAGCACUUGACUUGGACAAAUCCUAUUCCUUAUAAUCGUCUCUGCACGGCUCUGAGGGAUCCGAUACGGGGAUACUGACAUCAUUCUGUCAUUGGUCAGCAGUGACAGACUGUAGGGUGGAAUAUAACCUUCAGCCUCACAGAUCAAGCCAGACUGCAUCUUCCUCUGACGGCGAGACCAGGACAGAGCAGCGAGCGGCCGUUUUCCCCAUCUCAACACCGUCAUGGAUUUAUGUGUUAUUAUAGAGCAAAUGGAGACGGAAGAGCAAGACAAGGCGCUGGCGGUGUUACAGAGCUUCAAUAAAGAGAUGAGCCAGUGCUUCACAUUCAACAGAGAAGAGGAACAGGAGAGAAAGCGUCUGGGCGAGCUGGUGCUCAGUUUCCUCAGCAGGGAGUUGCAACCAUCCUGUCUGCUGGCAUGUCUAGAGACGGUUCGAAUCUUGACCAGAGACAAAGAAUGUUUGGAUCCAUUCAUCAGCCGCUCAGCUAUGCUCACACUUGCCCACUAUUCUGGCAUUGCCCAUCUUGCUGCACCUUCCCAAGGCCUAUUGGAGGAGAGCAAAGAGGUUGUUGUGGAGAAGGAUGGAAAAGAGGCAGCAGAGGACUCCAGUGUGACGGUAAAGGAGCCCUCCCUUCCUUCAGAAAACCAUGAUCAAGAAGUGAUUAUAGAGGCUCUCAAGUCCAUCUGUAACAUCCUGCUCCACAGUCUGACAGCACAGGUCAUAGCAGCUGAUCUGCACUUUAUUGAUGGUGUAGCAGAGAGACUGAAGCAAUGUAAUCAUCCCACCUGGAACCAUGAGGUCCGUUUCUUUGACCUGCGACUGACCUUCCUGCUGACUGCCCUGAGGGUGGAUGUCAGGGCACAGCUGGCCCAGGAGCUCCGUGGAAUCAAACUCCUAGGAAGCCAGUUGGAAGCCACCCUCUGUCUGUGUUGGCCAGAUCCCCUGGUGACAGCCAGAAUGGGAUAUGAAGGUUUUCGACCUGAGGAACUUCCCCAACUGAGCAGGCAGCAGACAGAGUUAGCUAUUGAAAUACUGAAAAUACUUUUCAAUAUCACAUUUGACACAAACCGACGCAAGGUCGAUGAGGAAGAGGCAGUAGAGUACAGAUACUUGGGCGCUCUCCUGAGACACUGUUUGAUGAGCCGAGCAGACGGAGAGGAGCGGACCGAGGAGUUCCACAGCCAUACUGUGAAUUUACUGGGGAAUCUGCCGCUGCCUUGUUUGGAUGUACUGUUAUUGCCCAAGGUGGAACAUGGCUCCAUGGAGUACAUGGGGGUCAACAUGGAUGCUGUGAACAUGCUGCUGGAAUUCAUGGAGAAAAAACUUGAUCGUGGCCAUAAGCUGAAAGAGACUCUUCUCCCAUCUCUAAACUUACUGACUGAGAGUUCCCGCAUCCACCGAGAGACCAGGAAAUUCCUCAGGUCAAAAGUGCUGCCCCCACUUCGCGAUGUGAAAAACAGGCCAGAAAUCGGCAGUGCUCUCAGGAACAAAUUAGUCCGUCUCAUGACUCACAUCGACACCGAUGUCAAAGACUGCGCUGCUGAAUUCCUCUUUGUGCUCUGCAAAGAAAGUGUUUCAAGGUUCAUCAAGUACACUGGAUACGGUAACGCUGCAGGUCUGCUGGCUGCCAGGGGCCUGCUCAGAGGGGGCCGAGACUCUGGGAUCUACUCUGAAGAUGAAGACUCGGAGACUGAAGAGUACAGAGAGGCAAAGCCACAUAUAAACCUGAUCACAGGUGUUCUUGAAGAGGAGCAGCCCAACCCAAUGGAGGGAAUGACAGAUGAGCAGAAGGAAUACGAGGCCAUGAAGCUGGUCAACAUGUUUGACAGACUGUCAAGGACCAAUUUGAUCCAGCCCAUGCAGCUUAAUUCAGAUGGGAAGAUGAGAGAGAUGACCACGGAGGAUCUGAAUAAACUGGCCACCAAUCCAUUGUUCCAGUCACAAGAGCCAGCUGAUCCAGACAGCGAGGAUGAAACCUAGUUAACACACAAACAUGACAGCAGGUUGAACCAGCUUUCAACCUUUGUGACAACACUGCAGAAAAUGAUGAUAUCAUACAACGUUUACCAUGCUGGUCCACUUAAUUUGAUUGGAAGACAGAUAAAAACAUUUGGCAUUAAUUUAGCAAACAUAAGAAUGCAGCAUGGAGUGUACAGGAGGAAGUGACUGUACAUCAGGAUAAUCCUGCUUCUGGAAAAUGCUUUGAUCUUGAUGAAAUCUCUUGUUCACAGAGAAGCAUUUUACACAAUGCAAUUCUUUUUACCAGACAAUGUAUGAUCUUACUUUUAGAGAAAAUGUAUUUAAAAAAAAUGCCAUUUAGUUUUUGAUGUGAGAGUCAGCUUUAUUUUUGAAAUGGAAUUGAAUAAAAAUAGGUGGAUGUUAUUUUUCAUGACGCCCCAUAAAUGUUUUAUUUUCAGAAGUGAAAGACCAUUUACUGAUGAAUAUGUUUCUGUGUUAGACUUUAAUUGACAUAUUAAGAUAUGAAUAUAAUCCAAGAAAAUCUCUGUUUGCUUCUUUGUACUGUAGUUGAAUUUUGGACUGUAAAGUACACUUAAUGCAUCUCAAUAAACUCUCUGUCACUGGUA